AUGGCAUUUGGAAAAUUAGAUACUAUUAAAGGAUUAUCAUUAAAAAAAUAUCCAUUUAAUCUACUUAAUUUGGCUUUUCAUCUUCAUGACGGGUAUGAUCUUUUAGAUAAAGACAGUCCACUAAAUUUAAAAUCUGGAAUACUAAAAAACUCUAUAAA